UGAAAGUUGGGCUCCAACAUUUGGUGGCACAAUUUCUCAGCCAAUUAAUGUUUUUGUGCCAGUAGAGUCACAGUCUCAAGUAAACUCUUCUGAAAGCAUUCCCUUUGCUGAAGUUUCAGUCACAAGUGAUACGUCUUUUCCGGUUGCCACCAGCCUUCCUACAUCUUCCAGUGGGUCUACAAUAACCCCCUUAACACUUCGAACACAAUUGAAAGAUGUACCAUUUAUGCUUAUGUCUGGCAACCAGACUGAUUCAGGCCAACCGGAUAAAAUGUCUACUCUACAUCAUUCAGCUACAGAAAGUGGAUGUGAUGCCCAGUAUAUGUCAAUUCAAGCGACUUCACAGGCCUCCAUACCACAAACAGCAGCAAUGUCUGAAUCUGUUUCAACACAAGAUACUGUGGUGCACAAUGUUAGUCAAUUAGAUGUUACCCCCCAACAGUUUGCUUUGUCUGAGAUGAUGUCUAUCGAAGAGAUACCUUCUUUCACUACAGUUUCACCCACUGAGCUAGAGGGGCGAACAUUAGUUAGUUCUGGUUUGGGACCAAGAAAGAUGCUUAUCCCUCAGAUCAUGAUUUCAGAGGCUAGCAGUCCUGAAGACUGUCCUAGUGAAGAAGAUAUCUUGACAGAUGAACUUGAUACAACAGAGAAAGAUGAUUUUGCUUUAUCUCUCAUUGACAAGACCUCCAUGGAAUGUACUGUUGGUUCUCAAGAAAAUUUAGCUACAGUGGAUGUGGCAUCUAAAAAAAUUGACAGUCAGAGCAUCAAAAAUAAUUUAUCUAAAAUAAUAGCAUCUCCAGAGGCUCUAACAGAGGUUUCUGAGAUUAAACAUGAUGCCUCCAUUGAGGAUGCAUCAGCACCAUUAAUACUAAGCACUGUUGACCAAAAUGAGAGUAUUUGCCCUGAGGCCACCUCUUCUGAAAAAACAUAUCUUGAAGAAGAUUACAAUAAAGAUGACCAAGUUUCCUGUUGUUUUGAACAAGAGUCGAACCUAGGAGAUGGUGCAAACACUGAAUCAACAAAGUGUGAAGAAAAAAUAAAAGAUCAUGAAGAAUCCCCUACAGUAAUGUCUGACGAACUGAGUAUCACUUCUGGACCAGUGUCUUCAGGAACAGAAAAAGUACCAUCAGAAGACACUCUGAAAACCUCCAUAUCAAAAUCUGAACCAAGUACAAAGGAAGUGGAAGUGCAGAGAACAGUGCCUGCAAGAUCAAAUGAAGAGACCACACCCACUAGCACUGAACCAGCUUCUCCUUUCACUCUCAAAGACACAGUUGUCGAAGAGAAAUCUGGCAAAGGCAUAUUCUCACUUUUUGGCCCAUCUUUGGGUGAAUCUCAACCUCAGAGUGGACAGUCCAUACUAGGAGGAAUUAUCCCUGGGUCCUCAUCCUCUAACGAAAUGCCAGGUACAGGAUUAUUCUCAAUGUUUGGAAGUGCUGCACCUCAAGCAACCCCUGCCUCAUCUGCACCUAAAGAUCCACCUGGAAAGGGCCUGUUUUCUAUAUUUAGUGGAUCUGUUGCUCAGCCACAACCUGACCAGGAAGGUCCGCCUGUGUCUGGCCCAAAAGGUCUGCCUGUAGCACAAAGACCACCACACAUGCCUACUCCAAGGGUGGCUUCAGGACCUGGACCAAGAGGACCACCAGGACAUGUUCUAAGGGCUACAUCAGGACCUGGUCCAAGGAGUCCAACACCAAGAGGGCCCACUUCCAAAGAACCACUGGGUAAAGGAUUUUUUUCUGUGUUUAGUGGGUCUUCUCAGCAGACAGCACCAACAGGUGGAGUUGCUGCAAAAACACCUGGAUCUGGAUCCUCAAUUCUUGGAGGUAUUUUGCCUGGUUCUGGUGCCAAAGAAACCAAUGGGCCUGGUUUAUUUUCCAUGUUUGGUGGAAGUAGUUCUCAAUCUCAAGCACCAACUGAUGCUGCUGCAACUGAAUCCACCAAUAAGGAGACAACAGGAAAAGGAUUGUUUUCCAUGUUCAGUGGGCAAAGUCCAACUGGAGGCCCUGAGCCAGAAGGUCUCUUUAAAGUUCCCUCUGUAUUUUCAUCUGAUAAAACAAAAUCCACUGGAUUCAAAAUCAUGUCUUUCAUGGAUGAUAAGAAAUCAGAUUCAAAAUCUGUGGAUGUUACCACUAUAAGGGAGGCUUCUCUCACAUGCCAUAUAACACCCACAACUUUAACUAAAUCAAUUACAGAUGAAAAUGCAUCUGUUGAGGCUAAAGAAGAGGUUUCUUUAGAGAACACUACCGAAUCUCCCGUUAAGAUGGAUCAAAAACCGUGUGAUGAAAUGAAGGAAGACUCUAUGAAUGUUACAGGGAGGACUGAUGAAAUGCUGCCAUGCAUAAAUGGUAAUACUACAUCUAAAAUCAUGACACUAAUAAAUGAGAAUGAAGAGGUUGUACAUCUGACAGACGAACAAUCUAAAAAUGAAGAAACUUCAGUGGUUGACAAAAUACAUGAGGAACAAACUAUUAAUGAGCAACUUAAAAAUGAGGAGCUGGACAUGGAAAGCUACAAAGAAACUGUAGACACUUGUUCAAAGAAAACUGAUUGCAUGACACCAAUAAAUGAGACUGAAGAGGUUGUACUUCUGACAGAGGAACAAUCUAAAAAUGAAGAAAGUUCAGUGGUUGACAAAAUACCUGAGGAACAAACUAUUAAUGAGCAACUUAAAAAUGAGGAGCUGGACAUGGAAAGCUACAAAGAAACUGUAGACACUUGUUCAAAGAAAACUGAUUGCAUGACACCAAUAAAUGAGACUGAAGAGGUUGUACUUCUGACAGAGGAACAAUCUAAAAAUGAAGAAAGUUCAGUGGUUGACAAAAUACCUGAGGAACAAACUAUUAAUGACCAAUUUAAAAAUGAGGAGCUGGACAUGGAAAGCUACAAAGAAACUGUAGACACUUGUUCAAAGAAAACUGAUUGCAUGACACCAAUAAAUGAGACUGAAGAGGUUGUACUUCUGACAGAGGAACAAUCUAAAAAUGAAGAAACUUCAGUGGUUGACAAAAUACCUGAGGAACAAACUAUUAAUGACCAAUUUAAAAAUGAGGAGCUGGGCAAGGAAAAUUACAAAGAAACUGUAGCCACUAGUCCAGAGAAACCUGAUUUUAAUAAAGAUUUAAACCAGUUUGAUCUUAAUAAUUCAUCCCGGCAAGGGAGAGUUACAGAGCCUGUUGCGAUUGAGAAACCAUCAGAAGUGUCACUAAAAUCUGAUAAUGCUGUAGAGCCUGAAACACUGAAUGAAUUACAAGAAAAUGAAAUGCCAUUAGAAGCUGACAAACCAGUGGAGAAAAAUGUGGAAUCAGAAGAAUGUCUGGAACUGGAAAAGUCUCAAGAAAUGAACAAACAUCUGGGUUCUGAGAAAGGCACAAAAAAUCAGAAAACUCUCAUUGAAGAAUCGGGAAAAGGUGAUGAUAUACAAAUAACAGACAGAAUUUCUGACAGCCAACAAGCAGACCUUAAAGGGAAACAAACUGAUGAAAUUACAAAGUCAGAAGAAAGAGAAAGUGACAAAACAUUAAUGGUGUCCACCAUGCAACCAUCUUUAGAUCCACAGCUUAUUUCUUCUGUUCAGCAGCAGCAACAGCCUAAACAAGAAAUGAUUGUGCCUCAGCCAGGAAUACUGGGUUUUCCUGCUCAGCCAAGACCAAGAAUGGCUGGACCUUUUUGUCAGCCCAGACCUGGAAUGCCUGAUCCAAGAGGACCUAGACCUGGAAUGCCUGAUCCAAGAGGACCUAGACCUGUCAUUUCUGGUCAACCAAGACCAAGAAUGCCUGGCUCUCAAAGACCCCCAGAACCUGCUGCAUUUUCUGGCUUUAUGUCAAUGUUUUCUGGCCCUAGUGCUUCUAGCAAGCCAGCAACUUCUAGUUUCUUCUCAGUGCCACAGACCUCUUUCUUCAAGUCAUCACCUACAUCCACUGCACCACAACAGCAGAAGAGCUCAUUUUUUAAUCUCCCAACCAGCCUGCAAACGGACUCUCUCACUGGUGAUUUGUUUGGAUUGUUUAAAGGUACAGAAGCAACAAAUUCAGAUGAAACCAAGCUGCCAGAGAAAACUGAAGGUAAAGAUGGAACACAAGACUCUAAAGAACAAAUGAGCCUCAAUGUUAAUGAGUCAAGUGCAGUCUCUGAAUCUAAGUCAACUGUGACAGGUACUAAAUUAGUUAAUGAAGAACUGAGGGAAUGUGAUUCUGAGUCGUUAAAGGUUGUUGAAGAGCAAGAGGUCAACUCUUUGCAUGAAACAAGAGAUGAAAGCAAGGAGAUCAAUGAUACAUCUGAAACUAUUCACACACAGACAUCUGAAUUAGGUUUAUCCUCAAAGGUACCACCAGGAGACACUGAAACCCCACCAUCUACACCCAAAAUACUAGUUGAAGACAAACAACCAACCUCACCACCUUCUAAAGGUGUUUUUACUUUACCUGGUUUGUCAACAUCCUCUUUUGGUGGUUUGAUGUCUGGUGCAGCAGAGACAGCCAAACCUUUCAGCUCUUUUUUUGGCUCUUCCACUCCUGCCCCUUCAGUCAGCACCAACCCUUCACAGCCACAAGCAGAGAGCAGUGGUCUGCUUUCCGGUUUCAAAGGUUUGUCUGUGGGUCUCUUCCAAGAAGAGAAGUCAGCUACUGCAAAAGAAGAGACCAUGUCAUCAAUGUUUGGAAGGAAAAUAGGCUUCCCAUGGCAAAGUUCACCCCCUCAAACCCCUCCUGCAACCCAGUCCAAACACCUAGACUUGAGACCUGAAGAAAUGUAUGAACCCGAGGCUGAAAAAUUGUCACCUGAAUCAGAUGUCACAGGAAGUGCGGAUCCCAGUGAUACAGAAGGUCCAAGUGACAACUCUUCACAUAAGCAGCCAAGCUUUGACACAAGUCCAGAGAGUCCAACAGCACUUAAACAAGGGUCACCCUGUCUGGAAGUCGAACAUAUAGAGAAAUCUCAAAUUUCCCAAGUUUGCAUAGAUAAGGACAACGACAUUCCAGAUACAGAUUCCAGUGCAGAAAAGCCACCAGGGACACUUCUACAGCAAACCUUUGAAAAAAGCCCGGUGGACAGUUCUCGAUUUGGGUCUUCUGGUAACCUUAGCCAAGCCAGUUCCCAGUUCAGCUCUGAGCCAGAAGAACAAAGCUAUUCAGACACUCAAAUCAGGUCUUCUGUUGUUGCUCAACCUCUUCCAUCCUCAGAUGACACAGAAAAAGGGGAAAGGGAGAUACUAGCAAAUGUGGAGAAAGAAGUACAAGGGGAGAGUACACCAAAACCUGUUUCUAAUCAAGGGAGAAAACCUGAGAGGCAGCACAGUUUCUUUGAGGAUGGCCCACCUCCUUUCUCUCCUUCCCGUCUGCGCUGGUUGAAGGCCAUCAAUAAAGUAAGAGUGAAGCUGCAUGAGAAUAUCAAUGGAGAUCAUAACAAACAUCCAUGGGCCAAACCUGGGGGAGGUGGAAUAUUUGGCAUUGACAGCAUGCCUGACCUUAGGAAGAGAAAGCCUAUCCCCUUGGUUAGCGAAGUGUCUCUGGUACAGUCCAGGAAAGCUGGGAUAUCGCGCGCAUUAUCUGCACGCUCUUCAGUGAAGGAUGAAGAACUGAAGAAUCACGUGUACAAGAAGACCCUCCAGGCUCUGAUUUACCCUAUUUCUUGCACGACACCCCAUAACUUUGAAGUGUGGACCGCCACCACGCCCACCUACUGUUAUGAGUGUGAGGGUUUGUUGUGGGGUAUCGCGCGGCAGGGCAUGCGCUGCUCUGAGUGCGGAGUCAAAUGCCACGAAAAAUGCCAGGAGCUUCUCAACGCAGACUGUUUGCAGAGAGCUGCUGAGAAGAGCUCCAAAACGGGAGCAGAGGACAGAACCCAGCAUAUCAUAUCAGCCAUGAAGGACCGCAUGAAGAUCCGAGAGAGGAACAAGCCUGAAAUCUUUGAGAUGAUAAGGCUCGUGUUCAGUAUGAAUAAACUGAACCAUGCUCAGCAGAUGAAGACCAUCAAACAGACUGUGCUUGACGGAACAUCAAAAUGGUCUGCCAAAAUCUCCAUCAUGGUUGUGAGUGCUCAGGGCCUGCAGGCUAAAGACAGAACUGGUUCCAGUGAUCCGUAUGUGACGGUUCAGGUUGGAAAGACUAAGAAGAGAACCAAAACUAUCUACGGUAACCUUAACCCUGUGUGGGAGGAGACGUUCAACUUUGAGUGCCACAAUUCAUCUGAUCGCAUUAAACUGCGCGUAUGGGAUGAGGAUGAUGAUAUAAAGUCUCGCGUGAAGCAGCGUCUCAAAAGGGAAUCUGAUGACUUUUUGGGUCAGAGCAUCAUCGAGGUCCGAACCCUAAGUGGAGAAAUGGACGUCUGGUAUAACCUUGAAAAACGCACAGACAAGUCAGCGGUAUCAGGGGCCAUUAGACUGCAGAUAAGUGUGGAAAUUAAAGGGGAAGAGAAAGUGGCCCCUUAUCAUGUUCAAUACACCUGUCUGCACGAGAAUUUCUUUCACUUUGUGACAGACGUUGAAGGGCAGGGUGUGGUGAAGUUGCCCGUGGCACGCGGAGAUGAUGCCUGGAAGAUCUACUUUGAUGAGAUUGCUCAAGAUAUUGUAGAUGAGUUUGCCAUGCGCUAUGGGAUAGAAUCCAUCUAUCAGGCCAUGACGCAGUUUGCAUGUCUGUCCUUAAAAUACAUGCUGUCUGGUGUCCCUGCGGUUAUGAGCACGCUCCUGGCCAACAUCAACGCAUUCUACGCUCACCCCACCUCAGUCACCAACGUCUCCGCCUGUGACCGAUUCAAUGCCUCCAACUUUGGGAAAGAUCGGUUUGUUAGACUGCUGGAUCAGCUUCAUAACUCUCUCCGCAUUGACCUGUCAACAUACAGAAAUAAUUUCCCAGCCAGCAGUAAACCACGUCUAGCAGAUCUCAAAUCCACUGUGGAUUUAUUGACUAGCAUUACAUUCUUCAGAUUGAAGGUUCUGGAACUGCAGUCUCCCCCGCGUGCGGCCCAUGUGGUUAGGGACUGUGUGAAAGCAUGCCUCAACUCCACAUAUGAGUACAUCUUUAACAACUGCCAAGAGCUGUACAACAGACAGUUUCAGACGGCCGUCGAACCUAAACCAAAAGAAAGGAAAGAGGUAGAAGAGGGUGAAGAAGAGGCAGAUAAGAAGGAUGAGAAAGAGGAAGAAAUUGCUGCUGUAGAAGAACCAGGACCAAGCAUUCAGAAUUUGGACUUCUGGCCCAAACUCAUCACCUUGAUAGUUUCCAUCAUAGAGGAGGACAGGAACUCCUACAGUCCGAUCAUAAAUCAGUUUCCUCAGGAGCUAAAUGUAGGGAAAGUCAGCGCUGAGGUCAUGUGGACACUCUUCGCACAGGACAUGAAGUAUGCACUAGAAGAGCAUGAGAAGCUGAGGUUGUGUAAAAGUGCGGACUACAUGAAUCUGCAUUUCAAAGUCAAAUGGCUCUACAAUGAAUACGUCUGCGACCUGCCUGCCUUCUCUGACUCUGUCCCAGAGUACCCAUCGUGGUUUCUGCCAUAUGUUCUCCAGUGGCUGGCUGAGAAUGAGGAAGUGUCGAUGGAGUUUAUGCAUGGAGCCCUUGAGAGGGAUAAAAGAGAGGGGUUCCAGCAGACAUCUGAGCAUGCGUUGUUCUCCUGUUCAGUCGUGGACAUCUUCACUCAGCUCAACCAAAGCUUUGAGAUCAUCAAGAAACUAGAUUGUCCUGAUCCUGCAGUGGUCGCCCAGUACAACCGACGCUUUGCCAAGACUAUAACCAAAGUGCUCCUGCAGUAUUGUGCUAUUCUAACCAAGAGCUUCUCAUCCUAUUGUGAGAAAGAAAAGACGCCGUGUGUGCUGAUGAAUAACGUUCAACAGAUACGUGUGAUGUUGGAGAAGAUGUUUGAAUCUAUGGGGGCCAAACAGCUCGACACAGAGGCUGCAGAUAUCCUCAAUGACCUGCAAGGGAAGCUUAAUUCUGUUGUGGAUAACCUGAGUGCCAUGUUUGUAAAGAGUUUCCAGGCUCGUAUAAACGUAUGUAUGCGUCAGAUGGCGGAGAUCCUGUACCAGAUUAAAGGGCCUCUGAAUCAGAACACUCGUAACACUGUGGAGGCUGAUGCAGACAACGCACUGCGGCCGCUUAUGGAGUUCCUCGACACAAACCUCAGCAUCUUUGCAGACACAUGUGAGAAGACCGUGUUGAAGCGUGUGCUAAAGGACCUUUGGAGAAAUGUUCUGAUUUGCAUGGAGAAAACGAUUGUGUUACCUCAGAGCAGCGACAGUAUAGGAGCUCAACUUCUUACUGCUGCUAAGGAACUGUCCAAACUAAAGGGAGGGGUGGAGCCAAAGAGCUUGUCUCCAAGGCAAUGUUUGAUCAUGGAGGCAGCACUGGACGCAAUCAAGCUGUUUUUCCAUGCUGGUGGGAAUGGUUUAAAAAAAGCAUAUCUGGAGAAGAGCCCUGAGCUGUCAUCGCUGCGUUACGCUCUCUCCCUAUAUACACAGACCACAGAUGCUCUUAUCAAGACGUUUGUGACAACACAACAUGCUCAGGUUCAAAAUGGAAUGGGCAUCAGGAUCACCCCCAAAGAGAAUGUUCGACCUGACCGAGGCUCCGGGGUUGAGCGGCCGAUAGGGGAGUCAGUAAUUCAGUUGGAUUUGUCGCCUCCAGCUGGAAACACUGAGCAGAAACUCUGCGUCAGAGUGAUUGCAGUAAAUGACAUGAAAUGGCAGACCUCAGGGAUGUUUCGUCCAUUUGUGGAGGUUAACCUGGUCGGCCCACAGCUCGCAGAGAAGAAACGGAAAUUCACAACCAAAUCGAAAAACAACUGCUGGACUGCAAAGUACAAUGAGGCAUUUCAAUUUGUGCUGGGUAAAGGCAUGAGUCUGGACUGCUAUGAGAUUCAAAUAUCGGUGAAGGAUUACUGUUUUGGUCGUGCGGACCGGGUGGUGGGGAUCGCAGUACUGCAGCUGCGUGACGUAGCAGACCGGAAAAGCUGUGUGUGCUGGUGCCCUUUGGGCCCGUGUAUCAACAGAGAUGAAACCGGGACCACCGCACUACGAAUCCUCUCUCAACGCUCGACUGAUGAGGUUGCCAAAGAGUUCGUCAAACUAAAAGCUGAGACCAGACCUGUUGAAGAGGGAAGGUGAAGAUGAAGCUGAAGGUUGACCUCUUCAAUCGACCAUAAUGAUGAAAGUUGACUGAUUAAAACAGAGACUUUGACCAUUUGAGGCAAAUGAAAGACUUCCUAACUGUAUCUGACAGACAAACAAGCCUUCACAAACUGAAUGCACAAGGACUUACACUGUUUAUAAAACCUUGCAUGUUUAUUCAAAGCCUUAAGUGUCAUGUAAUCGUUUGACUGGCUUUGCAUCAUUCUUCAUGAGGAGCAAC